CCUCCAGCCUGCGUUCCAGGCCAGUUGGCCUGGGCCUGGCCCCCCGCUAUGACCGGCCCAUCUCGCAGCCUCUCGCAUCUGCUCAUCAUCUCAGGACUGCUCUGUUACUCAGCACGCUGCUGCGCCCUUCCCAGCCUGGAUCAGAAGAAGCGUGGCGGCCACAGGACAUGCUGCCCGCUGAUGCCUCCUCCGCCCCCGCUGUUCCUGCCCCCAUUCUUCAGAGGGGGUCGCAGUCCCCUCCUUUCCUCGGACUUGAAGAACCUUAUCCUGGAGCUCGAGACCCCCCAGUCCCCAUGUGUGCAAGGCUCACUCGGCUCCCCUGGGCCUCCUGGCCCCCAGGGUCCACCGGGGCUUCCUGGCCACACAGGACCGAAGGGAGAAAAGGGGGAGUUUGGCCGUCCAGGAAGGAAGGGUAGACCUGGCCCCCCAGGCGUUCCGGGCAUGCCUGGGCCCGUCGGCUGGCCAGGCCCUGAAGGACCCAGGGGUUACCCUGGAUCCAGAGGGGAAAAGGGAUCCAGAGGUGAAAAGGGUGACUUGGGGCCCAAAGGAGAAAAGGGUUUCCCGGGAUUCCCUGGCAUGUUGGGACAGAAAGGUGAAAUGGGUCCAAAGGGUGAGGCUGGGAUAGCAGGACACCGGGGCCCCACAGGAAGACCAGGGAAAAGAGGCAAGCAGGUAAGGACCCCACCACUUACCUCCCCCCUGAGAAUGGGGCCUCCUGACUCGGGGGUUAUGGGCCCUCCAGGCAAGCCUGGGCCUUCUGGUUCACCUGGUCCUCCAGGCCCCCCAGGACCUCUUGGUCCCCCUGCUGCAGGACAACUUAGGAUGGGACCCAAAGGGGAACGAGGAUUUCCGGGGCCUCCAGGAAGAUGUCAGUGCGGGCCUCCUGUGAAUGUGAAUAACCCUUCCCACGGGGAAUCUCUGCAUGGAUCCAGUUCCUCACAAGUCCCUGUGAUUUUUGUGGUCAACAACCAAAAGGAGCUUGAGAAGCUGAACACCCAAAACGCCAUCGCCUUCCGCAGAGACCAGCGAUCGCUGUACUUCAAGGACCGCCUUGGCUGGCUCCCCAUCCAGCUGACCCCCUUCUACCCUGUGGAGGACCCUGUAGACCACCGUGGAACCUGCGGUGAUGGGGUCCUGCAGCCUGGGGAGGAGUGUGAUGAUGGUAACAGCGACAUGGGUGAUGACUGCAUCGGCUGUCACCGGGCCUACUGUGGAGACGGCCACCGGCAGGCGGGCGUGGAGGACUGUGACGGCUCUGACUUUGGCCACCUGACCUGCGAGACCUAUCUCCCUGGGUCCUACGGAGACCUGCAGUGUACCCCGUACUGCUAUAUCGACUCCACACCCUGCCGUUAUUUCACAUGAGGGGCGUGGGGAGCAGGUGGCACAGCAGCGGCUCGUUCACCUCGUCAGACCUCCAGCUGUCCCGGUCCGGUUCCACUGACCUUCGUGCAACUGAAACAAGGACGACUCUUCCUGCUAAGAUGGACUGGAAAUUCGGUCUGACUGGACGAACCCAGGAGCACUGCAUUUUGUCUUAAUCCGAAGUACCGGGAAGCCAGCAACAUGCCCAACCUGGCAAUGCCCCCCCCGUCACUACCAUGCAGCCAGAGAGCCAGCUACAAAGCCCUCUCUUUUCCUGAGUGCUGCUGACCUGGCCGGCGGUGGCCUUGGCUUAGCACUGUUACACACACACACACACAGCCUUGCGGGCCUGUUUUAGUGUGUUCUCAUCUUGUUAGAGGCUUGGUGUGAGGCUUCUUUGCCCUCUGAAAAUGCGGAAUUUCCCCCUGAAGCCAGACAAAGACCAGGGGAAAUGGCAGGUUCUCCCUGGUGCGGCUCACGGUGCCAACUCAGCUUCUUAGAUAGAAACAUGGGGCUGUGGAGCCGAUUCCUGGAACUUCAAUAGAAGUAGACGUUCUAUGGAUGCUGAGGAGCUAAAGGGGCUGAUUGGGCCCCUGACCAAGCUGCAGCCAGACCUGGGGAGGGACCCUGCGCACAGCCCAGCUCAGCGCAUGAGCACGUGGCUCCCCAGAAAGAGUCUCAACUGUGAAGAGGCACUGAGCAGGCCACCACACCCCUGUGGAGGAGGGCCAGGGCUCAGCCUGGACAGCUGGCCUUGCACACAAAGGCAGAGCUGUGGUCUUCCUGUUCUGGAUGUUUCUCCUGGGGUUACCACGCCGGGCACCAAAUUGACCCCGGGACCUCCCUUGGACCGUGGUGAAAGCCCCUCCUCCCCAUUUCCCAUUGAGAAGACCCAUAGCAGAAGGUGCCCUCCCCCAGCGCCCAUGCCUGGGUUUGACCCCCGACCCCCACCUCUCCUGGCACCCAUGCCCGACUUCUCUGUCUUGCCCCAGCUGAAUAUGCAAUGAGGGCAGAGCCUCUUUGGUCAUGAGGGCAUGGACCUCCUCUGCUCCUGCUGACUCCGAGAGAAUGUGGCCUCCGGUUAUGUCUUGUACUUGCAAAGCCUUGUCCGUGUGUGUGUCUAUCUGUCUGUCCCCAAGCUACCAGGCCACAGUUCUGCUUGUGAGCUGUCUGUCACCACCCCCUCUCCUGAGGGGGGCUGGCACGGCUUUGGAAAGAUGCCUCCUCCAUGAAGCCUCCCUACACCUGUGAUGCAGACAGACGUGCCUUUUGUUGCCAGUUGUAGGGACACCUGCCCUUGUCGGAUAUGCCUAAGUUUUGUGAGGCCGUGGGGACGCUUGGCAGACAGGGCACCUGGCCGUGCAGGCCCCUGCCUUAGUGGUUUGGUCCGUAGUGGACCGUGUCUUCCCCGAAAGGGGUGCCUCAGAGGCAGGCACCCUGUGACUGCGCAUCUGGGAGAUACUACGUCCCAGCAGCACAGCCACCACCACCUUGCUAGGGGUGCCGGUGGGAAAUUAAAAAAAUAAUAAAGGAGGUUCC